ACUUUUCCUUUAAUUAGAGCUAUCUAGAGGGAUCUGAUCAAGAAAUGUAAUUAGUAGCAAAGCUUUAGCUUUUUUAAUAGAAUGGCCUACAUAGGCGAGUCUGACAUGACAGAUCUGAGCAGCACAAGCGGCUCAAGUGAACUAGGAUCUCCAGCUGGCCUCCAGAUAUCCUCCCCCCAGGCUCAACCCAUGGCCUCAGCAUUGGACCUAGCUCAUCACCUGGGGCAAGUCUCCCUGGACUCCAGUCCUGUGCUCGCAGCAAAGGCCGCCAAGUUCACGAGAAAAUACUCACUCAGAGAGCUAGAGAUACAGCAAACCAUAGGCACAGGGACGUUUGGCCGAGUGGUCCUGGCUCGUGACAUACCCACUGGAGCAUACUACGCGCUCAAAAUAAUGACGAUAUCGGAGGUGAUCAGAUUAAGACAAGUGGAGCACGUCAACUCUGAGAAAACUAUUCUGGCAGUCAUCUCACAUCCCUUCAUAGUGAACAUGAUAUGGUCGCACCAUGACAACCGGUUCCUGUACAUGCUGUUAGAGUACGUGUCUGGUGGAGAGCUCUUCACUUACCUCCGGACAGCGCAUCGAUUCGAUAACACUGUGGGUCUCUUCUUUGCAUCAGAGAUUGUCAUGGCUCUAGACUACCUUCACAGUCUGCACAUAGUUUACAGAGAUCUGAAACCUGAGAACAUACUGCUGGACAGUACAGGUCAUAUAAAGAUUACGGACUUCGGGUUUGCAAAGAAACUGGUAGACAGACGCACGUACACACUGUGUGGGACGCCAGAGUAUCUAGCUCCGGAGAUCAUUCAAGGCAGGGGACACUCCAAAUUGGUGGACUGGUGGGCCCUUGGGAUACUCAUUUAUGAGAUGCUAGUCGGCUACCCUCCAUUCUUUGAUGAGCACCCGUUCCGAAUAUACGAGAAGAUUCUUGAGGCUAAGAUAGACUGGCCGAGACACCUGGAGCCUAACGCUAAGGACCUCGUCAAGAAACUGCUGGUUAGAGAUGUGACAAGGCGACUGGGAAGUUUAAAGGGUGGAGUGGACGAUGUGAAGCAGCACAAGUGGUUCAAGGGUGUGGACUGGGACGCCUGUCUCCAGCGGAAGAUCCCACCUCCCAUCGUCCCACGAGUCACACACCCCGGAGACACUCGUAACUUUGAGCGAUACCCUGAAGAUGGCUGGUUUAAUGUCUUACCCCUCAAGGAUGCUGAUGUGGAGCCUUUCAAGGACUUCUAACACUCUUUGUAUGUCAACCUUGCCUUCUUUCUCACAGCAGACACCAUUAUGUUUUGUACACUCAUAACAAUUUAGUUUUAUAUUUAUACCAAAGUAAUAUUGCUACUUUUUCUAGACUCGGGCAAUCUAAAACUGUAUAGCAUUGUUACGUACUUUUGUCUCAGCUUCAUACAAUUAUUAUUAUACCCUCAACUUAA